UCCCAAUUCCAUCAAAACAAACGAAAACAAAAAACAAAACUUUCUCUCUCUUCUCUCUCUGUCUAUAAUAAAAAGAGGGAGAUUCUGUAAUCUAAUUUGCAGUUCUGAUAUUCUAUCUUCUCGCUGUUCUCUAUUCAUGGCUCUUCUUCCUUUACCCGAUCGAACGAAACUGCAAGCUCAAACGCAAACGCAAACGCGUUUAUCAUCGGAUCCAAGUAAAAAGAAGAAGAAGAGACCGGCGAAACCACCAUCUCAGCCGCAAACGCUACCGCCGCCCCGAACGCGAACGCAAACUCAAAAGCAUAAACCGUUGUUUUCUUCACCGUCGUCAUGGAGCCAAAUAAAGUAUCUGCUGAGUUGCAAACAGAUCGAAGGGCCAAGAGUCCACGACCCAUCAAAGAUCCCUCAUCAUGGACUGUACACGUCAGCGACGUUGUCGUCGUCGUGUGGGUCAUCGUUUUGCAGGUUAAGCGACGUCGUUUAUGGAAACGCGAGGGUCGUUCACAGAUCCGAUCACUCUUCAUCGUCACCGGAGAGCAGUAAUCUUGGUCAGGAAACCAGGUUGUUGACUCGGAAGCCUGUGAGCCGUGGAUCUAAUGUGGUUAGAUCCAACGGGUGUGGUGGUUACACGUCAUCAUCCACCUCUUCGAGAACCAUGCACUUCACGAAACUCUCUGGUUGCUAUGAAUGUCGCAUGAUCGUUGACCCGAGCAGAUAUCCAAUAGCACCUAGAGUAUGUGCGUGCCCACAAUGUGGCGAGGUGUUCCCAAAGCUUGAAAGCCUCGAGCUUCAUCAAGCUGUUCGUCAUGCUGUCUCUGAACUGGGACCAGAAGAUUCGGGACGAAACAUAGUGGAUAUAAUCUUCAAGUCAAGCUGGUACCGGAAAGAGAGCCCAAUCUACAAGAUCGAACGGAUACUAAAAGUCCACAACAGUCAACGCACGAUCCAACGGUUCGAAGACUGCCGAGAUGCAGUGAAAUCCCGUGCACUCGCCUCCACCGGAAAAAACCCUCGCUCCGCCGCAGACGGAAAUGAGCUCCUCCGCUUCCACUGCACCACAGUCUCUUGUUCCCUCGGAGCUGCCGGCGGAUCCUCUCUCUGCUCCGCCGUGCCAGGAUGCCGAGUAUGCACCAUCAUCCGCCAUGGGAUCCAGGCCAAAACGCACCGUCUUGGACCCUCCGGCGAGUUUUCCGGCGAUGGAGGGAGGGAGGUGAGGGGCGUUAGGACCACAGCGAGCAGCGGUAGGGCACACGAGGCCUUGCGGUGUUUCGACCGGAGGCGGGCUAUGCUUGUUUGCCGUGUUAUCGCCGGGAGAGUAAGGCGCGUGCACUGCGACGCGCCCCCGCUGGGGUCGGGGGCAGAGGAGGAUGGCGCGUACGAUUCAGUGGCGGGUUCGACGGGGGUGUACGGGAAUCUUGAUGACUUGGUUGUGUUUAGCCCUAGGGCCAUACUUCCUUGCUUUGUGGUUAUCUACAAAGUUUUGGAGCCUUAGGGAAUUUUCAUUUUUUAUUUUAUUUUAUGUGUAAUUUGUGGUUUGUAAGUUUAGAUAAAUGUGUGAAAUAGCGGAUUGCAAUAAUAUGGAAAGAUUUACAAUAUUUAUUUAAUUAUGUGACAAAUC